GUCGUUUCUUUAUUGAAGCGUUUUUCACGCCUCUGCAUCUCAUCCACGCCGUUUGCGCUGCCGUCGGUCAACGAUCCUUCACCACUGCCUCUCCCCCUUCAUGCGAACGGUUGUUCGUCUUGGCACUUCCUCGUCUGAGUUAUUUAUCAUUUAUUUAAGAAUUCAACUUUUUUGCAUCACACGGGCAUCUCCAGGGUAAUGCUGCGAGGAGAGAAGAUAUCUUCACCACGUAAACAAAGAUCGCCAUCAAGUUGACGACGUCACUCAUACUGUUAUCAAGCUGACGUCAUCAUCCAGUAGAAGGAUUUUAAUGGGCUGUUACAGAUCUCAUAAAUACAGUCGACUGAUCUAAUCCCAUAAACUCAUUGUGGAUUAGGCACUCACCACAUCCGCUCAGAUCCUCAGAGAAGCAUGAGCUCACACAAGAGACCUGUCCGGGCUCAGCCCGAUUCUGAAACCAGUGCCUCUGUGGCCCGUGACCUGACCGCAGCAACCGGAGAAGAGUGCUCCGGUCUCCUGACCAAGCUGAUGGAGCUUCCCGUAUCCCGUCUGUCCCGGCAGCAGCUGAAACGGCUGGAGGAUCAUCAGUACAGCAGUGCGGGACGGUCCCUCAUGGAGUCCUUAAUGCAGGGAUACUGGUGCUGGCUGGUGAGCAAAGUGCCUCUCUGGAUGGCUCCGAACCUCAUCACUAUAGUGGGACUUGCUACCAAUAUUAUCACCACUCUGAUACUGGUCUACUACUGCCCUACUGCCACCGAACAGGCACCAACAUGGGCAUACUUAGCCUGUGCUUUGGGUUUGUUCAUCUACCAAUCACUGGAUGCCAUAGAUGGGAAGCAGGCACGACGGACCAAUAGCAGCACGCCACUCGGCGAGCUGUUUGACCACGGCUGUGACUCCCUUUCUACAGUGUUUGUGAUCCUGGGCACGUGUAUAGCAGUUCAGAUGGGUACUCACCCUGACUGGAUGUUUUUCUGUUGUUUUGUGGGCAUGUUCAUGUUUUAUUGUGCCCACUGGCAGACGUAUGUUUCUGGAACACUGCGCUUUGGCAUAAUUGAUGUGACUGAAGUACAAAUCUUCAUUAUAAUCAUGUACUUACUGGCUGCCAUUGGAGGAACAGCUUUUUGGCAAUCUGUGAUCCCUGUGAUGAAUAUCCAGGCUAAAAUAAUACCAGCCCUUUUCACUCUUCUGGGUGCCGUUUUCUCCUGCACAAACUACUUCCGGGUUAUUUUCACAGGUGGAAUGGGCAAAAAUGGAUCAACUAUUGCGGGAACAAGUGUUUUGUCUCCAUCCUUCCAUAUAGGAGUGGUCAUCACACUUGCUCUAAUGAUCUAUAAGAAGUCAUCAGUGCAGCUCUUUGAGAGACAUCCUUGUCUAUACAUCUUAGCAUUUGGGUUUGUCUCGGCCAAAAUCACCAACAGACUGGUGGUUGCUCAUAUGACAAAAAGUGAAAUGCCACGUAAUGACCUGGCCUUCACCGGACCAGCGCUGCUGUUUCUGAAUCAGUACUUCAACAGUUUCAUUAAUGAGUACUGUCUUCUGUGGGUCGCUCUGGUGCUGUCAGCGUUUGAUCUGGUGCGAUACUGCGUGAGUGUGUGUAACCAGAUCGCCACACACUUAAACAUCCGUGUCUUCAGCAUCCAGCCUCCCUCUCCAUCCAGAGUUCAGGCAGACAGCAAAAAUCACCACUAACCCCUGCUCCUCAAACACCUCCAGUAGGUCACGCACUUCAGUGAAUGUAAAACACAACUCACAGAGACCGAGCCCAAAUGGCUGCAGUUACAAACUUUGUUCUCGUAAUGAAGAGAGGAUAUGAAAGGCUGAAAGGGAAUGUUAAAAAGAAUAGGCAUCCAACGGUUAUAACAUCAUUCAGUUGUCAGUAUUGCAAUGUUAGAUGACCAGUUUUGUUUUGCCAUAGUUUUGUUUGUAAGUCAAAGAAUAGAAGAUCCAAAAGUUAUUAUAUUUUUCAGUUUUAAUGUUUUGUGUUUUUUUUUUUUUUUUUGGGCCUGCAGUGUAUAAUUUAUUCCGUUUACGACCAACGAUACAUCUGAAUGUAAUUAUGUAAUAAUUACAGAAUGCCAUAGGUAUUAAUUGUAAACUUUGCGGCCAUUUACUUACACACCAGUACACAUCACUUUUGCCAAUACAAAGCUUUCAGAGAGCUACGAGAUAACGUUGACAUGAAAAACAAGCCACAGGUGUUUCCAUCAUAUAUUGCAGAAACAUCUAGAAUCUCACAUAAUGCUAAUUAUCUUUCUAUGCAUAUGUUUCUUUGUGUUUGUUGUGUUUUUGAGGGAAUUAAUAUUAUUAGUUGGGUAUGCCCAUGUCACUAAAUAAUAAAAACUGUAUUAGAAACAGUAUUUUGAUAGUGCCAUAUUUUCCUAAUAAUUGGGGCCAAGGAAAACGUCUAGAAUGGUUAUGAGAUGCACUGUACAUAUGUGAACCUUUAAUAAUAACCUAAAAAUCCUGUUUGUGGUCUAAAUGCUUUAGUUAAUGUGAUAACCUGUGCUAAAUUAUUUUUGUGCCUUUUAUUUGUCACUGUCGUUAUACUUCUAUGCACAGUAAAAGUUGGACUCAGCGAUUUUGAUAUUUUUUUAGCCUCGUGUAAAUCGUAUUUUGUUUGUAAGUAAAUUAUGUUCACAGCAUCAAACUCGACAAAGAUGCAAUUUCAUAUUCCUGCUUGUUUCAUUGAGUUCUUAUAGCUAAAUCAGUCAUUAUAUAUAUUAUUUUUUUUACCUUCAUGCUAAUUUGUUUCAGAGGAAACUGUAUUUUUUGCAAAACAAUAGACAUUAACCCUGCAGUUCUGUAUCGGGUGCUUCCAAGUGUAGAAUAUGAACAGAGUGGCCAAGCUCAAUGUCAAUUUCUCGAAACGCGUUAUUGUUUUGCAUCUACCUCUGAGCAGUUGCUUGUACAUGUUAUUUUAGUCUAUGGGUGUGAGUCGUGAUUGGAAAUGUUUUAAUCAUGUUGUGAAUCUUAUGUCAGUGGGUUUCUGUGUAUUUGUGCUUCUCCCAUUUUAAGCAUCAUCCGUUCACCGGGGACUCGCUGAGGUCAACCAAAGUUGCAAGACACACAUAGUUGAAAAAAAAUGAUGUCUGUCGCUGCAACUGCAUUUGCAUAUUUGUAUUAAUUUGACCAGGAUUUUGUUGUUUUGUUGAUUUACAGCAAACACCUUUCUUUUUAAUAGAUUAAUGGUCGUGAAAUAAAGAUUGUUAUAUUUAUGUUAGCAGA